AUGAAGAUUCACAUAUACGCUUCAUGUGGUUUGUGGAAAUCGUCGGUGAAGAAUGGUUGGGGGUUUCUUGUUGAUGACGAAAAAGGAGGCAGGUUACUUACUUUGGACACAAGUUCCACCUUUGAUGACCUAAAAGUUAUGGUGUGUGAAGACUUUGGACUUGAUAUAAACGUGGUCAAAUUGGAGCUGAGUUACUUACCUUCUGAUCUGAUAAACAGCAUCGACUCACCACCUGUUAUCAUCACCAAUGAUCGGCAAGUUAGGAAUUUUCUUACAUAUGUGAAGAACAAAGCCUCAACGCGGUUGUCUGUGAGUAUUCAAUCUAAGGUCGUGAAAAGCAAUAGCAUAGACGAUUUUGACUUGAAUGAAGAAGCUACUGAGUCGCCUAACAGAGAGGAAGAUCCAAUGGAGUCUGACGAGUCAGAUGAUAUGGAUUCAGAAGAAGAUGUCGAGGUACAUGACAAUGAUGCUGACAAAAAGUGUGAGAAAGAGAAGAGCGAUGGAAAUGGUGUUCGAUUUUCUUUGGUGGACUUUGUGAAGGAGGGUCAACAUUUUAGUUCCAAGAUGCUUUUGAAGGUAGCAUUCGAAAUCUGUGCAAUGAAACAUAAUUUCGACUAUAAGCUUGUCAAAUCGGAUAAAAAGGUGUGGUACAUUCGUUGCUCAGAUGAUGAUUGCAGUUGGCGUGUUCGUGCAGAGGGUUUAACUGGGUCAUCUUAUUUUAUCAUCAAAAAGUAUGUACCUGAUCACUUAUGUGCUCCCUCUAGAAGGAACGGUUCUGUUCGGACAGCUUCAGCAAAAACAAUUGAACAUGGAGUCGAGAUAUCCUAUUCUUUGGCUUGGGACGCACGUGAGUAUGCAAUCAACGCAGUGAAAGGUAUUCCAGAGAAAGGUUAUGAAAAAAUUCCAAAAUACUUGCACAUGAUGAGGGAAGCUAAUCCAGGGACACAGACGUCUUACGAAACGGAUUCUAAAGGGAGAUUCAGAUUCCUCUUCAUCUCAUUUGGUCAGAGUCUUCGCGGUUUCCAUGCUGCUAUUCGAAAAGUUAUUGUCGUGGAUGGGACGUUCUUAAAGAGCAAAUACAGAGGAGUAUUAUUGGUUGCUACUGCAUUAGAUGGAAACUCGAAUUUAUAUCCUAUUGCAUUUGGUGUUGUCGACUCAGAGAAUGAUCUCUCGUGGAACUAG